UCUAAAUAGUACUAUUUCUUUUAAUUUAAAAAUUUUCAAUUGAAAAUUUUUUCGUUUCAAAUAUGAACAAUACGUUAUUUUGUGUAAUACGAUGUAUGACCUCAGCGUGUAUAUAUACUUUGACAUUUAUUACAUAUUUCGACAGUUACUUACAGUUUUAUACGCUAUAAACAUAGAACUUAAGUUUUUAAAAGAUCAAAAAAUUUUAUCUCUGUUAUAAUUGUGUAUUUUUGGUUGAUAUUUUAUAGAAUUUUUCAAUAUGUCUAAUUUUAUUCUUAUUAGAUCUUAUAGACAAGAAGAUGAACCAUUUUGCAAAAAGUUAUUUAAAGCUGGUAUAAUCGAUUCGCUAAAUGCAACAUUUACUGCAUUUUUAACCAGGAAAGGAGCCAUUAAUGCAAUAAAUGUAUCAAUUGUAAUGUUUACAUUGGCACUCAUAGUCGUAGGAUUUCCUAUUGUUUAUUGUAUUAUGUUUAUAUUUAUACCGCCAAUUAUUUUUUACAUUUUUUUAUAUGCAACUUUUUUGUAUGAAGCUAGAAAUGUUGAAAAUGAAUCAUCUGCGAUUACAUGGAUUUACACAUCAGAUAAUUCUUCCUGUUUUUGGAUAGCGGAAGCAUAUGAAGAUUAUUCAUUAAAUCAUCAACAAAAUCAGCGAUAUAUUUUCAUGACAGAGGAAAAAUUUAAUGAAUCUAAUAUUAAUGUAUCGAGGCAUGUCAAAAAAGUUGUAGGUACUAUUGCUUUUUAUAGUUGUAGUAGGUCACCAAAUUCUGGUUGGAUAAAAAGAUUAUGUGUUCAUAAAGACUAUAGAAGAAAAGGUAUAGGAAGUCAUCUUGUGAAUCGAGUUUUGCAAUUUGGUGAAGAACAAGGAUUUGAAUAUAUUAAUGUGAUUAUUUCAGAAUAUAGAAUAGGAGCAAUACUAUUAUUUAUAAAAAAAGGUUUCAAUAUGCAUGAUAUACAUAGUAAAUCACCUUUUAUGUUAAUAGCGUUUUAUGAAUAUGUAUAUCGAACGACGCAUUAUCGUCCACGUUAUUAAAAACCCACAUAAUGUAUAAUCUAUAACGGAUAACUAAACUA